AUGGAGAGAAACCAGGUUGCAGCAGUCAACACUCAACCACCUGCUCAAGAAAGGCUGAACACAGAGGAAGGAUGUGAUCGGGAACAAGCUAAUUAUGUUGGAAACUCAUCAAGACAGCCCUAUGAUCCACACUCUAAAAUCUACAGUCCUAGUUGGAAGAACCACCCAAACUUUGGGUGGAAAAACCAGCAAACUCAAACUCAAGACCAUAGACCUCAAAACUCCAACCACUUCCCAAGUGACAUAGAGAACAAUCCAAGAGGAGAAACAAGGAAUCUGAAAUGGGAAGAAUAUAAGGCAAUCACUCUAAGGAGUGAAGAUAUCUUGGAAGAAGAAGCUAUCAGGCCAACAGAGCACAAUAAAAGGUUCCCAAAGGAGAAAUUGGAAGGGACAAAACAAGGAAACGAUCCUGCACAAAGGAAGGAUCCUAUGGAGAAGGAAGUUUUGAAACGUUAUAUGCCAAAAGCACCAUUCCCUCAAAGGCUAAAGGGUGGUGGGAAAGAGAAGAAGUAUUCUAGGUUUCUAGACACAUUUAAGUCUCUUCAUAUCAACAUUCCUUUCAUUGAAGCCCUCCAACAAAUGCCAUCGUAUAUCAAAUGCAUGAAGGAGUUGUUAACCAAGAAGAGUCCCUUGAAGGGUGGACAAACAAUAGUGACGACUAAAGAGUGCAGUGCCCUUAUCCAGAAGUACUUACCUACAAAGAAGAAAAACCCAGGGAGCUUCCAUAUCCCUUAUGUUAUAGGAGAUACAAGGAUUGACAGAGGGUUUUGUGAUCUUGGAGCCAGCACAAAUCUAAUGUCGGUGGCCCUCAUGAGGAAGCUACAAAUCAAUGACUUGAAACCAACAAACAUAAUUCUUCAGUUGGCUGAUAAGACCUAG